CUUUUAUUCCGGUGCCAUGGAUCACCUCGAACGUGAGGCGAGUAAGCUGCGCGCUCUCGUGGAGAAUCCGACGGGAACGGCAUCCUUGAAGGAGGCCAAGGACAUCUUGCGCAAUCUAAAGAUUGCAAUGAUCCAGCUACCGAGCUUGCCACCCACCACCACAGAAUCGCCGACGGCAGUGCAAGAGCGCAAACUUGCACGCGACGUCUUGGAAAGCGCGACGAUCAUGAGCAUCAACGAAGAAGACAUUCCUGGUUUCGAACGCAACAUCACGCAGCUCAAGGUGUACUACAACUCGUUCGGAGAUCAAUUGCCGAAGUCUCCGUUGCACUACCCCCUUCUCGGGACACGUUUGCUCCAUUUGCUCGUGGAAAACCGCAUGGCAGAGUUCCACGGAGAGCUGGAAAUUCUUCCGAGCGAAGGGCGCGCGGAUCCAAACAUCGCGUUCUCGAUGAAGCUGGAGCAAUACCUGAUGGAAGGAAGUUAUAAUAAGGUGUUGGAAGCCCGCACAAACGAACCCAACCCGUACUUCAAAUGGUUUAUGUCCCAACUGCUCCAGACCGUCCGAGACGCCAUCGCCGACUGCGCCGAAGUCGCGUACCCGUCGUUGAAUGUGGCGGACGCUGCCAAGAUGCUGAUUUUUGCCACGACGUCCGAGUUUCAAGCGUAUGUUUUGGCCAAAAAGCCUGAAUGGGUCGUCAUGGGAGACGUUGUGUGGUUCCAAGCGCCAACUAAGCACCUGGGCGCUUCAGAUAUCCCGUCGCUCCGCCUCGUCCGAGAGACGCUGUCGUACGCCACGGAGCUCGACCGCAUCGUCUAAGCCUAGCAGACUUGCAUCUUCACGAGGUAGUUCCCUUGACAAUUGCGGCACUCUCCAUUAGCAGCUCCUUCUAAAGCAUCAAACACCGCACCUUGUCGUCCUCCCUCACUUUCCU